GCGAGGUCUGCCCACUCUGACUCACGGUAACCAGGAAGCCUCAUUUCCUGCCUCGACUCCACAUGGAUUUCACAACUCCCAGAUUGACUUCUGUGGAAGGGUGUGAUCAGUUUUUGUAACUUGACACUGCUCUGACAGAGUGAGAGCUGCACAAAGUCGAAGUCUCUCCUCCUGGAAACAUCUCUAUCAUCGUCAUUUUCACUUACCAAUAUGAACGCACGCUCUGUGGACAAACAGUGAAAGAUGUUUCCACUUAAGAGUCGAGUUUGUGGAGUCGAGUCUGUGACGAGGAGCAGGAGGACGGUCGUGGUCACAUGGGUUUUAUUGGCAUUGUUGUUCUGUGGGAGGAGAACGCAGGGAGGGGAACAUGGGCUGAUGGUUUUUCCACGUGACCAAACGUUUCAGGUGGGCAGCAGCGCCACCUUCUACUGCGUUCUGCCACCAGGACAGAUGUUUGACCAGAUGUACGUGAACGGGCAGAAUAGCACCACCAACGUGGACGCCGUCAGGAUCAAUGAGUCGACCUUUGCCCUGACCGUUCACCUGGAGCGGCCGUCAGAUAUAAGCUCCACGGACAUCAUUUGUAAAAGCAGAAACCAGGAAGUUCAGAUGCAAGGCGGAGCCUCGGCUUUCGUCGGCUAUCCGCCUGAUGACAAGACUCUUCAGUGCGAAACCAGAGAUCUGGAAUCAGUGGAGUGUCACUGGAAAGUCGGACGAAGCACACACUUGUCCAGAGAACCCACGACUUAUCGUCUGCUUGGAGGUUCAUGUACAGCAGCAGUGUCAGUGUCUGCGUCUCGAGGCCAAUGUUCUCAGAAGGUUCACGUCAAGGUCGUCGCUGGUGUGAGAAACUGGACGUUAACGGCAGAGAAUGUUCUGGGGAAGGUGGAGCUGACGGAGACAGCAGACCUGACGCACAGAGUUCGCAUGUUCGCACCGGAGGACGUGACCGCUUCAGCCGUGACGCGCAGAAAGGUGACCCUGAAGUGGAGGUGGACGGUUCAGCGGUACAGGAAACUGAACGUGACGUGUCGAGUCAAAGUUAGUCACGACGGAACCAGUGUCGUGAGUGAAGCCUCUGGUGUUGGUCUGAACUCUGCAGUUGUGACUGAGCUGAUACCAAACUGGAAAUAUAACGUCACGGUACAAUGUAGGACGACGCAGCAUUCCUGGAAAUGGGGCGACUGGAGCUCAGCGUCCGCGUUCCACACAGAGGCUGAUGUUCCAGAUGCUCUUGAUGUUUGGAUGCAGAUGAAGCAAAACCACAUUGUCGUUAUCUGGAAAGAGCUGCUGGACCACCAGAGUCAUGGACGCAUCAUAGAUUACACAGUGACCUGGACUGAGACGACAGCGACGGAGCAACAGCGCAACACGACCACGGUGAUUCACAGCAAACGCAGCGUGGUUCUCAGUGUGGACACCAGCAGCAUCCGCUAUCGCAUCACAGUUACAGCAAGAAAUGACAUGGGCAACUCGCCGCCGUCGACCAUCACCACCCCCAACGUCAACACGGAUCUGGCCAGCGUCCACACUUCUCGGAUCACUGGCGUUAACGGCAGCUUCCCUCUGUCCUGGUCGUCCAGUCCGGCUGCGAGCUGCGGCUACAUCGUGGACUGGCGUCCGACCUCGCGUAACGACACCGUGGAGUGGCUCAAAGUGUCUCGUCAUGAAACUAGUGCCAAUAUCCUUUCAAAAAGCUUCAAAGACGGACUGAGAUACUCUUUGUCCAUAUUUGCCUGCACACACGGCGCUCCAGAGCUGCUGGAGAGACGCGAGGGAUACGUUCGCGAACAGGUAAUUCCAAGCGGCCUUUUUACGGCACUUGGGUGGAGACAGCAGGGGUCAAAGGUCGACGUGACCUGGGCUCCAGUGGCUGUGAGUGAGCAGACUGCGUUCAUCGAGGGCUACGUUCUCUACUGGUCCAACAGCAACAGAAGCAGCAAUGUAGUCUUUAAUGUGAGCACAGAUAACCCUGACGCCACAAGCCUCACAGCCACAGACCUGGAAAUCACUACGUACACGUUCACAGUGAAGGCGCUGACUGCAGUGGGAGAGUGCGGCACCACAUCCUUCACUGUCACCUUGAAUUCACCGACCGAUAACUUGAUCAGAACAGUCGUCAUUUCCCUGGUCUCUGUGUUUUUGCUCCUGCUCCUCAUCACUCUGCUUUGCUGCAGACAAUGGGAGUGCAUCAAAAGCAAGAUCUAUCCUCCCAUCCCUGAGCCGAUGUUGACGGACAAGUGGAUGCUGUCACAGGUUGAAAACCUUUGUCAUCCUCGUUACGUGGAUCGGUCUCUCCAAGGCGAGGUCAUGGAUGUUCCGGAGCUGCUUUGUGAAACACGUCCACCUGUGACUGAUCACGUCACUGAUGAUGAGAAACUGUUUGUUUUUACUCAAACUCCAAAGGGCUACUACAACCAGCCCCUGAAAAUCCACUCCACCUCGCCGUCCGCCGUCCCAACCGAGUCCGAUUUGCCGUCCUCGCUGUUCAGAGGCGUGUUCGCUAACCCGUCGUAUAACCCCACGUUGGCUCCCGACAAUGAGUUCAACCCCGAGCUUCACAACUUGACGAGUUUACAGAACAACUGUGACGGGUACACGCCUCAGAGUCGGAGCGUCACUGUGACCCCGACAGACGAGGACACAGACAGUCACUGUGUCGUCACGUACCUCCUGUUACCACAGACUCCGCCCAUAUAGCUGCUACAUCCAUCUAUCGCUAGAUGAGAACAGCCAGUUCCGGUACGUUGUCCUGUGUCAUGUUUUGAAAACAUACCUUUUUAUUCUGUGUUUGCGUUAUGGUAUGGAUCAGUUUGGUAAAGUACGGUACAGUUUGGAAUGGUAAAGCCCUGGGUCAGGCUUGCGUUUGGACUGAGAACCGUAUCUUUACUUGGUAGGCGGGAUGUGGGCGGUGCCCGAAGGCUGUGUAGCGUGACAUCGUACCUGGUUAUUUUUGGUACUAUUCCUAAUGGAAAAGCAAAAAAAAGACCUACCGUACUGUACCAAAACAAAUCAUCUGUUCAGUUUGCAUGAAUGUGGACAAACAACCCCACCUAGUGGCACAGCGGUGGUCAUGUUGUUGUUUUUUUUUUUAAUUUGUGGUUUUUAAGGUUGGGCUGAUAUUGUCAGGUUAUUUAUUAUAAAAUAUGACACACUUAAACGUUAUUACACGCAAAAAUUCAAAAUUUGAAUAACCUGUUUCAUGGAUAUAAAAUGGCGUCGUGCUGGUGGAGUUUUCAGUUAGUCGUCGGUACUUUCACCACGUCUGUGGUCGCUGUGGUGACGGGGAGAAAAAGGGGGCGUAUGCCUGCUCACAUGCAUCGUACAUAUAAUCAUAAUAAUAAUAAUAAUAAUAAUAAUGCUUACUGGAAGAUUGUGAACAUGCUUUUGUGUGUACAUUUCAGUGUGAUUGUACAUGUAUUUUUGUUUUGUAAGUGUUAAUAGUAACAUACACUGUGACUCAGCGCUAGCCCAAGGCAUAAUGGAACAGCUGCAGGGGGGCCCCAAAAAAAUAAUAAAGAAAUGUACAUAUCUUUA